ACAGUUGUCUGCAUACCGAUCAUCUCACCAAAUUCACCGGAAGUUGAUCCACUUAUUAUUAAGACGCCGUGGUGGACGUUUUCAUCGGCUUGUCGAACGCCAGACUUUUUCCUAGAUUAAUUUUUUUCGACUUCCUCUAAGCUCGGAAAAAACAUACAUUUAACGACCAGGCAUAAAUAAUCCUUUUACAAUUAUUCCCUCAGCUCUCCUCCGAUUCAUGGUUAAUGUCAUUAGAUACACCAGCAGUGCGUAGCUCUCGUUUUCUGUGAAAGUGUUUUUAACCUUUUUCUGUUAUAUAUUAAACUAAUAACACUUUUGGCACUACGAUACGUCGCUUAGUGAAAAGGGUGACAAAGAAAGUAGCACGUAGCGAUCAAAGCCCAGAACAAUGUCAGGCAUUGCGAUUGCCAGGCUUGCCGAGGAGCGAAAAGCAUGGAGGAAAGACCAUCCCUUCGGUUUUGUUGCUCGCCCGACAAAAAAUCCGGAUGGGACUUUAAAUCUGAUGAGUUGGGAGUGUGCGAUACCUGGAAAAAAAGGAACUCCCUGGGAGGGUGGAUUAUAUAAGCUACGAAUGAUUUUUAAGGACGAUUAUCCAUCGAGUCCACCAAAAUGUAAAUUUGAACCACCUUUAUUUCAUCCGAAUGUUUAUCCAUCCGGCACAGUAUGCUUAUCUCUACUAGAUGAAGAAAAAGAUUGGAGGCCGGCAAUAACAAUUAAACAAAUUCUACUUGGUAUUCAAGAUCUAUUGAACGAGCCUAAUGUUAAAGAUCCAGCACAAGCGGAAGCAUAUACAAUUUAUUGUCAAAAUCGCUUAGAGUAUGAGAAACGAGUACGAGCCCAAGCAAGAGCAAUGGCACCUCAAGAAUGAAAUACCUAAUUAAAAAAAUAAUAAACAGCUAUACACAAAUUGAACAUUGCGCCUCGCUUCUUGGAAUUUACGUAUCUCGCUUUCUACUUGUAAUGCCGAUUAUUGAAGAGAAAUGACUUCUGUAUUAAAUCAACAAAUUCACAAUCACAUAAACUCCAACCAAUUUUAACGAUGGCAAGAUAUUCAAUGCCCCUUUUAAUCUUUUGCUAAUAUUUAUUUCUUCUGAAUUCUAUUGACAUUGAUCGUCGGUCAUUUAAGUCAAUGGAAUUUCUCAUGUACUAUCUUAAUAACUUAGCCAGUUAAGAAAUUUCUAAUAAAAUAUAAUUUUCCAUUCAUGUACAUCGUUAGCUGUACCGGAUGUCGACAAUAUAAAUGCGUUUAUUCGAUUGCUGAAUCCGACCGGUUCAAAUAAUGUUCCGGUAAAUUUUUUCUAAACUUUUCGCCUAGUAAUCUUAUGUAAAAAAAAAAAAACAAUAUUGCGUAAUUAUUGACAAAUGUUUGACUUUUAAUUUCCAAGUCCCUAUGAGUUGAAUACGAAUUUCAGUAGCGUUUUUCAUUUUUGUAUUUUAGGUAAAAGUAUUUUUUAUAAUUAUAAACAUUAAUAUUAAUGACUAAUACAUAUGAAGAAUAAAGUAAUGCAUUAUAGAGAAUAUUUGAUAUAUUUUUUUUGGAUUUAUGUUCAUUGCCAUGUAUAUAGCUAUUGAAAAAAAAAAU